CUCGCGCUACUCAGCUCUCAGUGCGCCACCUACACUCUGUACAUCGCUCGUUACUGUUCGCUUGUUUCAGCUCGCGCUACUCAGCUCUCAGUGCGCCACCUACACGCUCUCGCGCUACUCAGCUCUCAGUGCGCCACCUACACGCUGUACAUCGCUCGUUACUGUUCGCUUGUUUCAGCUCGCGCUACUCAGCUCUCAGUGCGCCACCUACACGCUGUCGUCUGCGAGCGCGAGAGAGGUGUCGUCCUCGUCGAUGUCUAGCGAUGACAAAUCGCAGCAGUACUGGGCGAAGGGGACGGGUUUCGGCACCGGCUCCACCGUGUCUGGCUGGGACGUCGAACAGUCGCUGUCCAGACAGAAGUGUGAGGAGGAGCAUGUCACAGAGCUGCUGCUGGUCAUCGCUAGCUACAUCAACCCGACGGGAUGCGGCGCGGACCACCAGCAGCAGCAGCCGGCGAGCGAGGGCAACGAUCGUCGCCAUGACGACGACGACGACGACGAUGGUGAUGAUGACCUGUGGUCGUACAGGGAUGGUCAGCUUCCUCCGUCGCUGCCGCAGCUGCUAGAGGAGUCGUGUCUCAUACCUGCCGUCUCAUCUUAUCUCAGGAACGAUUCAGUGCUGGAUAUUGCCAGGCACGUGCCUCUCUACCACGCCGUGUUGACGGUGGUGAAGAGUCUGGCUGUGUGUCCUCCCCUCGUGCAUCUGCUGCUACCGCUGACGUCGCUAGGAGAGAAGGAAGCCGAGGCCUCCUCCUCCAUCACCAGUCUCAUGAGCAAGAUGAAGUCGUGUGUGGACACCUACGUCAGUCGACUCAAGCUGAACAAGUGUAAGGGCAAGGCACUGAGUAAGGACCAGCAAGAGGAGAGCGAGGGUCUCGCCAAACUCAUCCCGGACAUCGAGGAGACGAGUCGGCUCGUAGAGGGCGCCACGCGCGCGCUGAAGCGCUCGCGAGAGGGCGCCGGCGGCAGCUCGGACGCCGGCAGUGAGAGGGCGCCGGUGAGCCCCGGUCUGGCGGACAACAAUAGCGACGACGGCUACUGCAGAAUCAUGCGAGAGAUACAGUUCGACACGUGUCAGAUCGUGAUGGAGGAGGAGGGAGGAGGAGGAGGGGGAGGAGCGGUAAAGUUCGUCGUGCCGCACCACUACGAGUCGUACAUGAAGACGGCGGGGGAGGUCGCGAACCCCGCGCGCGCGCGCCGCCUCGCGCAGGAAGCCGUCACCCUCUCCACGUCGCUGCCUCUCUCCGCAAGCAGCAGCGUGUUCGUACGCUGCGAUGAGGAGAGGCUGGACCUCAUGAAGGUGUGUCUGAGCAUCCUCAACACGUGGCACGGCCGGCCGGAGGAGAAGUGGAACCAGCAGACGUCCAGCUUCCUUCAGGUUCUUGUCUCGGUGCAGAGCCUCAUCCUCGUCUCCGAACCCUACUUCAACGAGCCGGGCUACGAGCGGUCGCGUGGCACGCCCGCGGGGAUGCAGAGCGCGCGAGAGUACGACUCCAAUAUACAGCAGGCCACCGCCAAGUGGGCCAUGCUGGAGACACUACGCAACCCUUCACCAUGCUUCCGCGAGGUCAUACACAAGCAUUUCUGGUUGAAGAGGUCAGAGAUUGUGCAUCAGAUAGAAACGUGGAUCUCAGACAUGGAAGCGUUCAUCAAUGACAAGCGGUCGGGGCGAGCCGUGCAGCACAACGUGCAGUCACUCAAGAGGCACUUUGCACAGCUUCAAGAAGAACUCAAUAAGAUGAAGCCACCAGAGGGCCUGGAGCACGUCGGCACGGCAACGUCGACGACCACCGCAGGGGGUGCCACGGGAGGUUGCUCUGUCGAAAGCUCCGGCGAACACGAACAUGCGAGUCGAGUGGAGACACCAGACUCCUCUGACCCGCUGCACACGGGGAAGCCAAGCGAUGGAGCGGAGGAGGAGGAGGAGGAGGAGGAGGCGGCGAUGCAGCAGCAGCCGGGAAUCUUCGUGCUAGACGUGAUUAGCCUUGACGAGCCAGCGGCAGCAGCAGCAGCAGCAGCGGCGGCGGCGGCAGCAGUGGGGGACGGAGGCUACGGUGACGAUGAUGAUGAUGAAGCUCAGCAAGGAUUCCCUCCCAUCUGCUGAUGAUGAUGCUGCUGAUGCUGAUGAUGAUGAUGAUGCUGGUGGUGAUGAUGAUGAUGAUGCUGAUGAUUCAGAUGAUGACUAUGCUACUGCCCCCACAGUGCAAGCAGCAGCUUGUAAUGGCAUGUUGAGAUGAGUCCAGUGAUGGUGGUGUUGCUGUUGUUGCUGCUGCUGCUACUAAUGAUGCUGAUGGCGACGCUGCCACCACUGCCGCGCUAGUAAAGUACAAAGACAGGAAGCCUCACUAGUAAAGUAGUAAUGGACAGACACACGCCACCACACGGCACGCCGUCCGCUCAAGAAAAGCCGUUGGAGGGUUUCGAAGUCAAACGAUGCGUUGCCAUGGCGACGCUCGGAACGUCGGGCGGUGUGGAUGGAUGCAAGAGGGGGAGGGUCGGUGGUGAAAGGGGGAGGGUUGCCACUCUCUCUCUCUUUCUUUCUCCUCGUGAGGACACGCUUGUUUAUGUUACCCCCCCCCCAAC